AUGUGCACAGAGGUAAAAACAUCAAUCAACAAAUCUGUUUCAAAACCUAGAAGGAAAAGGAAGGUUGUUGAAUUAAUUGAAGUUGGUGGUAAAAUAGUAAGUAAAACUUCAACAGGUAAAAGAAAGUUUCAUAAUAAAUCCAAAAAUGGUUGUGAAAAUUGUAAACGAAGGAGGGUUAAAUGUGACGAAGCAAAGCCUGCUUGUAAAAAAUGUAGUAAUAUGAAACUAGAUUGUAAUUAUCCAAAAGUUACGCAUAUUCAAAGUACAAUCACGACAACAGUUUAUAAAGAUGGUACCAAAUCAAAAUCAGGUGGGAUUAAACUUCCAAAUCAGAAAAAAAACCAAUUACAAAAAGAACAACAAGUCAUAGAAGAACAAGAACAAGAAGAAGAAGAAGAAGAAGAUGAUGAUGAUGAAGAAGAAGAUGAACAUGAUGAACAAGAAGAUAGUAUAGACGAGGGAAAAAGUAAUAAUAUCUUAGAAGAUCCAGAAACUCCAGCAAACGUAACCGAAACCAAACUCACAGCUACAAAUGAUCCUAUUAAACAGGAGGAAUCAAAUUUGCUGUUUCAUAGAAGACGAGGUUCAAUGGUAUUGCCUUUGAAUUCUCCAGACAAGCAAGGUAAUAUGGAUUCUUUAUUACUUCCUUCUUUGUCAACUGUACCUAAUUUCGCAAAUUCUCAGUUCAUGUUACCACAGUUGAUGUCGUUGUCAAAUUCAGAAAAAUUCUCAACUUUUGACUUAUCUGGAGGUCCAAACUCUGCAAAUGUUAACACAUUUGGUAAAAAUAAUAAUAUUAACAUUCAUGGAGAAUCGCCAUUACAAUCUAUACCACUGAAUGCCAGUAAUAGCAUAAGUAGUUUGCUAUCUGUUAGCAGAUUCUCAACUUUACCAAACCUAAAUACAAAUGCUAACUCUACAUCUUUAGGGUUACAAUCACAGCAGUCUUUGUCCAAUAAUCUGGGGGCCACUUUAGCUGGCUCUUUUAAUAAGGGCAAAAAUAACCAUAAUAUUGGAGGAUUAGAAAAUGCUCCAGUCAAUCCAUUGUCGUUAUAUGGCGACUCUAUUGCGUUAGUUAGUAAAUUGGGUUUGAAUUUAAAAGGUUUAAGUGCAUUGAAUAGCCCCGGUUUUUCGAUGGGCCAAUUUGACUUCCAAGAUCUUGGAGGUCUAAAAAGUGCACAUGCAAUGAAGGUCAGCAUUGCCGAAGAAGUAUUAACAAAUAUGCAUAAGCAGAUGACAAAAUCUAUGAAUCUGCGAUCUGCUCAAAAUAAUGCCUUUAAAAAUAAUAAUAAUGGAAUCGGAAAUGUAGGAAUGAGCAGAUCUGGUUCACUAAACGCAUCAAUACUUUCGCAUAACCCAACCAUAUCUCCUGUUGUUCCUGUAACUCCAAUGACAAGAAAUUUAGGAGAAAAUGAAUCUGGCGUCAAUAUACUGAAUUCUAAACUAGAUGGCGACAAUAGUAAUAGAAUGGAUACUUCACCUUCAGCUGCCACCCUUGCUGGAAGAGAAACAAUAGAUGAAACAAAACAGGGUAGUCCAAAAUCCAGUAAAAACUCUAUGGAUGUUUCCGGCAACGAUGAAGGUGGCAUAUCUGACUCUAAUGAAAAGUCUGGAUCUAAUGGAAGCGUUUACAACCUUGUUAGAAUGUCUCAGCAGGUUUCUUUAAAUCUAGUGGAUUUGAAAUUAUUCUAUCACUAUUGUACAAAAGUCUGGCCUACAAUUAUAUCGGCUGGUAUUACUGGUGUUCAAUUAUGGAGUGAAGAAAUACCCGAGCUUUCAUUUGAAUACCCAUUCUUAAUGCAUUCCAUAUUAGCUUUCAGUGCCACUCAUUUGUCAAGAAGUGAGAAUGGUUUGGAGCAUUAUGUUUCAAGCCAUAGAAUUGAAGCUUUAAGACUACUAAGGGAAGCAGUUCUAGAAAUAUCCCCGGAAAAUACUGACGCAUUAGUGGCAAGUGCAUUAAUAUUGAUAAUGGAUUCUUUGGCAAAUGCAGCCGGUGGUAUCAGCAAUAAGGACGAUGAUACUGACUUAGACAAAGGCGAUAAAUCAGAUAAUAGUAGUGUAAUGACAGGAAGAAGUAGUAAAAGUAGCAAUAGCAGAACUACAAGUAGAGCUAGAAUAAGUUCAACUAUGUCACCAAGUGCGUGGAUUUUUCAUGUCAAAGGAGCUUCUACCAUAUUAACUGCUGUAUGGCCAUUGAGCGAGAAAUCGCGGUUCCAUGAUUUAAUAUCGAUAGAUUUAAGCGAAUUUGGUGACAUACUGACACAGGAGAGUGACACUAUUUCAGAAUUAGUUUGUUUCGAUGAGAGUAUCGCUGAUUUAUACCCUGUGGAAAUAGAUUCUCCAUAUUUAAUCACGCUGGCCUACCUAGAUAAAUUGCAUAGGGACAGAUCACAACCUAAUUUUAUUUUAAGAGUAUUUGCAUUUCCAGCAUUAUUAGAUAAGACAUUCUUAGCCUUGCUUAUGACAGGUGAUCUGGGAGCUAUGAGAAUAAUGAGAAGUUAUUAUAAAUUACUAAGAGGAUACACCACACAAGUAAUGGAGACAGUAUGGUUUCUUGAAGGUGUACCUCAGGUUUUACCACAAGAUGUCGACGAGUAUAGUGGUGGUGGUAUGCACAUGAUGCUUGACUUUUUAGGCGGUGGGUUGCCGUCAAUGACAACUACAAAUUUAAGCGAAUUUGUAUAA